AUGGACGAGAAGCAUCAGCAUCAGCAUCAACCGCAAAUCAUGGCAUCUCCUCGGCGCUACCGCGCCCGUGAGCUGCUGCUCGUCAUCAUGUGUUUCUUCGUGGGCGUUCACCUCUGGACACACUCCGCCGCAGUGCCCUUUCUGCCACAACAAGCUGCCGAGUUUCUCGCGCCGACACAAGAAGGCAGCGUCAAUGGCCUCGUCCCGUUUGAAGCGCACAUCAUCAGCAAGUGUCCUGAUACCAGGCACGCUCUCCGCAACUUGAUCUUGCCCGUCAUGCAGAAAAUCCACGACAAGGUCGAUUUCAAGCUCUCGUACAUUGGCAAGCCCACUGCCAACGGCGGCGUCGACUGCAAGCACGGUCCCUCCGAGUGCAUCGGCAACAUCAUCGAACUCUGCGCCCACGAGCUGUAUCCCGACCCCAAGAUCUACCUGGGCUUUGUCAUGUGCCUGACCAAGGAUUACCCCCAAAUCCCCGAUCGCACGCUCAUCGAAGACUGCGCCCUCGAGCACGCCAUCGACUUCAACAAGCUCAACGAAUGCGCCGCCCGCGACGAGACCGCCCACGGCAUAGAGCUGCUGCGAAACAGCGUCCAGCGGUCUGCCGAGGCCAACGUGACGAUUAGCUGCACCAUCAGACUCAACAACGAAGUCUACUGCAUCCGCGACGACGAUCAAUGGAAGGACUGCCCGAACGGCCCUGGCGUCAACGACCUCGUUCUCGCUAUCGAGAAGCUGUACCGCUCGUCUUAA